AUGGGCCUUGAGCUUUCCCUUCCGCUACUUCUUCUGGCAGAUGUGAACAGCAAGGAAAUGCACAGUGGAAACCAGACUGCUGUGUCUCACUUCAUUUUGGUGGGCCUGCACCACCCACCACAGCUGGCGGUGCCACUCUUCCUGGCUUUCCUAGUCAUCUAUGCCCUCACCGUCUCUGGCAAUGGGCUCAUCAUCCUCACCGUCUUGGUGGACACCCAGCUCCACCGCCCCAUGUACUGGUUCCUGUGUCACCUCUCCUUCUUGGACAUGACCAUCUCCUCUGUCAUUGUCCCCAAGAUGCUGGCUGGCUUUCUCUUGGAUAGCAGGGUUAUCUCCUUCGGAGGCUGUGUAAUCCAACUUUUUUCUUUCCAUUUCCUGGGCUGUACUGAAUGCUUCCUCUACACGCUCAUGGCUUAUGAUCGUUUCCUGGCCAUUUGCAAGCCUUUACAUUAUGCCACCAUUAUGACCCGCAAUGUCUGUAACUUCCUGGCUUUUGGCACCUGGCUGGGAGGCACCGUCCACUCACUCUUCCAAACAAGCUUCAUAUUCCGGCUGCCUUUCUGUGGUCCAAACCGGGUAGACUACUUCUUCUGUGACAUUCCUGCCAUGCUGCAUCUAGCCUGUGCUGACACCACCAUCAAUGAGCUGGUCACUUUUGUGGACAUUGGGUUCCUGGCCCUCACCUGCUUUAUGCUUAUCCUCACUUCCUAUGGGUAUAUAGUGGCCGCCAUCCUGCGAAUGCAGUCCAUCGAUGGGCGUCACAACGCCUUCUCCACCUGUGCCGCCCACCUGACCGUUGUCAUUGUUUACUAUGUGCCCUGCACCUUCAUUUACCUUCGUCCUGGUUCUCAGGAACCCCUGGAUGGUGUGGUUGCUGUCUUCUACACGGUCAUCACUCCCUUGCUCAACCCCAUCAUCUACACACUCCGUAACAAAGAGAUGAAGACAGCAUUGUGGAGGCUGGCAGGUCGCAGAGAUGUGCAGCCUCACUGA